AUGGAAGAGACAACCGUUGAUUUGGCCGUUGUUGGCGGUGGCCCAACUGGAAUGUUGACCGCCCUUCUAGCGAAGCGAAUGGGUGCUUCAGUCUGCGUGCUCGACGGAAAGCCUCGGGCCCUUCGACUCGGCAGAGCUGAUGCGCUGAACGCCCGGUCGCAGCAGUAUCUCCAGAUUGUAGGCAUUUUGGAGACCCUUAGCAGCCAGGGCCUCAAGUGCAAUACUAGCUCCAUUUUUGCAGAUGGAAAGUUCACCUCCCGUCAAAGCCACUGGUGGGAGAAGCUUGAACACGUCCUGCACAAGAACUUUUUAAUGAUUGGCCAACCGGUCGUCGAACAGAUCCUUGCUGCUGAGCUUGGGGACUCGAUCGUGUUCAGCGAACCGGUCGAGUCUGUUCGCGAGAACGAAAAGGGCGUUGAUGUGUAUGCCAUAUCCGGCCACAUAGUGCACGCUACGUAUUGCGUUGCUGCUGAUGGCGCCCGGUCUGCCACGCGUCAGGCUUUGGACAUUCCAUUCAAGGGCACGAAGCCCGAGAUGACCUGGGCUGUCCUGGAUACGUUUAUGGAUAGUGACUUCCCUCGCUGCCCCGAGAUCAUUACCUUUGAGCUCAACGGCGAAUCGCGCGUAGCAUGGAUUCCCCGAGAGCGUGAUAUGUGCCGUUUCUACAUCCUGCUGGACGGCGAGAUCAACGAGGAGAGGUCCAAGGAGUCGAUCAAGAAACACCUGGCCCCAUAUCGUGUUGAAUUUACCAAGAAGGAAUGGUUUAGUACCUUUGAAGUCAAGGAACGAGUUGCCGAGACGUUUAUCUCCCGUAAUGGUAGCGGAAGGAUUAUCCUGGCCGGUGAUGCUGCUCACUGUCACUCAGUCAACGGUGGUCAAGGGCUUAACACCGGCCUCGCUGACGCCUUCGGCCUCGGAUGGCGGAUGGCCUACAUUCUCAAGCACGGCGACAGGUUAGCCCCUGGCGCGGCUCAGAAGAUCCUCCAGAGUUUCGAUGUGGAGCGUCGCAAGGUGGCUGAAAACGUCGUUGCCGUCGCUGCCCGGCUGGUCCGAGACACCAAGCACGAGGCAUCUCAAUACGUCGGCAACGUCGAGAAGAAUGCCGCGUACAUCACUGGUAUGGGUAUUACCUACGACGACCUGCAGUCGCCGGUCAUCCGCGAGUCGGAAACCGGCCUGUGGAAGGCCGGCUGCCCAUGCCCGGACUUUGAGGUUAAGGUCCCUGGAAGUACUGAAGAUGGCAAGUGGUUCUACCAGGUAGUUGAAUAUGGCAAGUUCCGCGUGCUGGUGUCUGGCGACCACGGUGGUAACUUUGGUAAAUUCAACGACCUCGUGGCAUGGCAUAAGCUCGUCCCCAACGUGGACGGCCAGCAGUCCGAUCUCAACGGUGAGAGUGCGUCUACCUACCUGACUGACAUCGUCAAAUCUGGAGAAGAGUUUGCUGUUGUCGUUCGCCCGGACAUGUACCUGGCUUACGCUGGCACUGUGACUGGUGCUACCGACUACCUGGCAGAGAUAUUUGCCAACUAG